AUGGGUUCUGGUUUGCAGGGGGUUGGGGCCUGGGGGUUCAACCCAGAUCACCUUACGCCAGCUUCUCUGCCUUGCACCGAGGCACCAGACACUUCUCCACCUGCCACGUCUUCUUCUGAAGCCAAUCUCCUCACACUUGGCGAUGAUGGGUCUGGAAUCAACAGCAGAGGAGAGGAGAGGAGAAGCAGAACUGGUCUUUCAUAUGGUAGCAUUAAUAUUGCCCUAACUCUUGUCUAA